AUGGUGCGUAAGCGCAAGAGUGGAACCCAAAAGCACGGACGUUCCAAGGUCAAAACUCCAAUCAUUGUCGAGCUGAAUGAAUCGAAUAAUGACGCUUCUGAUCCUUGGGCUUCGAUUGAAAACGGCGAUGCUGUGACAGCACGCCAAGUUUUCUACAAGAAACCUGUCCCAAAGGAGCCUCAGAUCAAACAUUACGAAAGGUUCAAAAAUAAGAAACAACGCCUAAGCGAUGGUUUGAAUGCGAAGCGCAUAGAAACCCAUACUGGGAAUAAUGGACAGGCGAAAGGAAUCAAGAGAAGAAAUCGCUCUGAAGAUAGCGAAAACAACGGCUAUUCACCUGCUCAGAAAAUGCCAGUGAAAAAGAUAAAAACAGGUGGUGAAAAUGGCAACGUCAAUAUUUUUGCGGAUGUUAUCAAAAAUAAGGGAACAGCCGAUUCAGAGAAGAAGAAAGGGAAGAAGCGUCGGCUAAGUCACACUCAGGAAGAGGAAGGCGGUCAGAAAGAGAUGUCACUGAGAAAACUGUAUCAUGAUGUUGAAUUCAGCAAGUGCCUACGACUUUCGGCCCUUAAUUUACGUUGUACAGCAUCACAAGAACUCUAUCUUACUGCAGUACAAUACGCUCUACUCCACGAAACUAAAUUGGCAAUUCUGAGAAGUGCUGGUCUUUGUGACAUUUUUAUGGAUCAUGGAGGCCGUGUGUGUUUAUAUGGCUGCGUAGAAAGUGUGAUAGAAGGGCACAUGGCAAUCAAGAGAAUGUUCCUUGAGCAAGGUCUGGGCGAACCGGGAACAAGGCCUCCGUCAGCACUCAGAGUUGCUCGGGAUCCAAACAACAACCAGCUUCGAGAGGCUGCCAAUGACACUCUAACGUCGGACAAGAGAAUGGGAAAUGAAGAAUGGAAUCCAGAUACUUCCCGUCCACCCCCGCCACUUUCAACAGUGACAGAUCUACAGACGACUGAACACACCAAUUCUCAGUCAUCGACGAGUGGCCGAGGGAAUUCCAUCAACCAGUCGUGCUCGUAUAAUUCGGUAGCGAAUGCGUCAAGCCAUUUGUCACCUGGAUCGGAAUCAUCAACACCUUCGGCAGCUGUUGUUGUUGACGAUCAACAUAAAACAAUUAUCGAGGAGCAACAACGAAAAAGUAUAAAGUUCUUUGUCAAACUAGCAGAUGCCCCACGACUCAUUGGGACACGUGGCACCAACAAACGACGUAUCGAACAGAUUACUGGUUGCACAAUUGUGGUAGGUUCUAUGAUGAAAUGA